GACAUUUAAAAGGGAGACAGUCCGGCGCUGGAGCAAUUUCUAUUACCCCCCCCUCCUCCCAGCCCCUGUCUAUGUCUAUGGAGCGGUUAGUCUCCCACCCAUCCACAGCCCCACCAGUGUACAAUCGACAGCAGUAGGUGCCUAUCACGUCGGAAGGUGCCGCAGAGGACUGACGGGAUCAGAUCAACGCACGUACAGCAGUGGGGGCUCAAACAGGAUGGCUGUCUCAACGCGUAUAUUCUGCAGUAUGGUUUUCAUCAUGGGGUUGCUCUCCUCUCCCGUGGAUUCCAAAAGAAACCGAGGUUCACAAGGCGCCAUUCCUCAUCCUGACAAAAACAACCCAAACGAAUCAGAGCAGCAACCGCAGACUCCGCAGGCGGGCUCCGGGUCCCGGCAGAGACAGGGCUCGUCCUCACCGGCCGAUGAGGUGCUGGAGUCCAGCCAGGAAGCUUUACAUGUGACGGAGCGCCAGUAUUUGAAACGGGACUGGUGCAAGACGCAGCCCCUCAAGCAGACCAUCCACGAGGAGGGCUGCGUCAGCCGCACCAUCAUCAACCGCUUUUGUUACGGACAGUGCAACUCCUUCUACAUCCCCAGGCACAUCCGCAGGGAGGAGGGUGCCUUCCAGUCCUGUUCGUUUUGCAAGCCGAAGCGUUUUACCACCAUGACUUUUACUUUGAACUGCCCGGACCAGCAGCCACCCACCAAGAAGAAACGCAUCCAGCGCGUCAAACAGUGCCGCUGCAUAUCCAUAGACCUGGACUAAAGAAAUGUGUUGUGUGUGUGUGUUUUUUCUUAUUCAUCGCGGACAGAAUUGUCACACAGCCAAGGACACGUGCCUGUCUCCAUCUAGAAGGAAUCGUCCACGAAGGUUUCUCACAUGUAGGCUGCAAUGACUCUCUUCUUGCACAACGUGUGAACAAAUAUGGACCGGCAAUUUAUAAACAUCACGAUGAACUGCAACGAACAUUUUACUCCUCACCAGUUAGCCAAGUUUGAAAACAAGCAUCACUGCACGGGAACGCUGACUUGGAAUGGGCACGUUUUUACGCACGGCUUCCGUACCCCGAGGGGACUGCUUAAACAAGUUUAUUUAAUAAAUCAAGACGCUUAUUGUCACAGGAAAACAUUCCUGUCACACUUUUGUAUUUUUGUGUGCAUAUAUGAUUGUUUAACUGGAUGCUUCCACUGUGUGGACUGUGAUGGAUAAGUGGCGAUAUUUGUAAGUGGAAAAUGUGAUUUUUAUUUAGAUGUUUCAAGAAUCUUUCAUGGUUAAUUGAUUUCUGUGAAUUUCGAUUUUUUUGUAAGUUGGUACACAGUUGUGGAGACACUAGUUUUUUGUUGGUUAAAACGGACAAUGUACAGCGAUUCAACAGUUGUAAAAUGUACAGCCAUCUCUGAUGUAACUGGUUUGU